AUGGGGUCCACCACUGGAAGCUUCUCGCCGCAGCCACCGCCAGCCGCGUUGCUGGUUGCCGCCGCCGCGCGAGGUCGACGCGAGCUCGAGCCGCUUGUCCACCUGCCGCUGCUGCUGCUCCACGACCCGGAAAUUACAAAGGAGCAGCAGCAGCAGCAGCAUCAGCAGCAGCAACAGCAGCAGCAGCAGCAGCAGCAGCAGCAGCAGCAGCAGCAGCAACAGCAGCAACAGCAGCAGCAGUCGGGUGGCGAAUUCACAACCUGCUACUCUGGCUUCUUCGCUGUCAACCACCACCGCCUGAAGCUGGCUUCCCUUGUCAACACCGCAGUCUCGCUGGCCGCCUGCCCCGCCAUCGUGUACCUGUCGGAUGCGUCCCCCAUAGCCCGCGCCCUCGUCGCUGUCGGCGUUGUCGGUUUUGGCGCCGGCACCACUCUGGGGCUGCAAUGGUUCACCUCCCCAUAUGUCCACGAGCUGAGGGUCAGCGGCGCAGCGGCUAGCAGCAGCGGCGGCGGCAGCGGCGGCGGCGGCGGGUUGGACGCGUCGACGCGGGUGCGUGCGAAGACCCUCACCCUGCUCGGGCGGCCGCGGUGGUCUGAGUUCCGGCUGGGGGAUGUGCAGCACCCCGACACCCUGCGGCCGCUGGCCACGUUUCAGGCUCGUGGCCGCAUCUUCUACAUUGACCGCGGGGGCCUGGACAGCUCCGAGCUGCUGCAGUGGUUGACCCCGCAGCACCCGCAAGCGGCGGAGAUCGAGUCCGCGCGGCUGCGGCAGGAGGCGGAGGACGACGCGGAGCGCCGGGGCGCAGCGGCUGCUGUGGGAGGGGCCCCUGUGGCUGCAGCCGAGCAGCGGCGAGAGGCAGAGGAGGGGGCCGGAGAGUCGAAAUCCCGGUAA